GAAGAAUGUUGCAUAAUCGAUAAUGAACCAAUCGAAUGGGAAGAAGUCAAGAAAAUGCAGACUAAACUCACUCGCUUACCUAAUAGUCAUGAACGAAAAUUUCACUACAAGGGACCAGGAACACAAGUUAUAUCACAAUUGCCAGAAGAGAAACUCGCUCAAUUGGAAUCAGAAGGCAAGAUCAAGAACAGAGUAAGGCUACAACCAAGGGAAAAUGUGAAAGCACCAUUUCCAACUAAUUGGCAGCAAAUCGGUGCACUACAGUGCCGGCUAUGGACACCAGAAGCCAGAAUGCCAAAAUUAGUUCAAGAUGGUUACUUACUCUACACGAACCAAGAUGUCAACCUUCAAGGAUCAACCAUAGUACCUACAGGAAUCGAUUUGAAUUUACCACCAAACACCAUUGGAUUAGUCACAGCAUGCAAUCCCAAUGCAACUUACGUAGUGAACAUGCUCUAUGUUUCAUCGGAGCAGCGAAUCGGAGUUCAUGUCAUAGCUCCCUUCCCAGAAAUCCUUCAUCCUGGAGAACCUAUAGCUAAGUUAAUAUUGUUACCAGCAAUUACACCAGUACCCGAAAUGGUAGCAGCAGGACAAAAGAUCCAAGACAAACCAUCACCAUUCCUUAAGACUCUCACUCCCGACCAAGAUCAAGUCAUUGAAGACCUUUUGAAGCAAUAUGAAGACAUCUUUGCAGAGGAUUUAAUGCAAUUAGGACAAACCACUGCAGCCAUACAUCGAAUCGAUACUAAACCUGAUGGCGUUGCUUACUCAAAACGCUACAGACAGUCAUGGGAAAAUGAAGACUUCAUAGGAAAAGAG